GCACAUUCUUCAAGUAAAACCAGACAACCCACCUUAAACUCUGUGGUUGAAGCAAAUGAAUCAAGGAAGGCUGCUAUUAAUGAUUUAAUCUAUGUGUUUGUCCAAGCUGACAUUUUCUUAGAAAAG